AGAACAUACAUACGACAAAAGAUAUUCCCUACAACAAAGAUGUCAAUCGAAGAAUUAGAAGAAGCAAGAGCAACUUCUCCUUCUUCUUCUUAUUCGUUCAACAGUCCUUCAACUUCACCAACAUUAAACACAAAUUCGAAUUGGGAUCAAACGACAAAUGGUCAUAGCAGGGAACAUUCCGAUUUAACUCGUGCCAAUCUAGCAACAUUGAAUUGUCAACAAGGAACAGAUGCAGAAAAUGUUGCAAUCUCAAAUACAGAGACUGGUGAAUGGAAUACAGUAUCAAGAGGACGAACGAAUCGAAAAAGGUCAAAUUCUACACAAUCUUUCGUUUGUGUUGUUGCAUGGUUGGUAAAGCCAGAAGAUGAUGAUGUUCGAGGUAAUGCAUUGAUGGAGCAUAUUCAACAAAUACGAAGAAAGUAUGAUAAUGCACAUAGUAGAUGGGAACCUCACGUUACCCUAAUACCUCCUUUCCUUGUGCCUUUCGGUGUCGCAGAAGAAGGUUCGCAAGAGGAAAUUGGUGAGAAAAACGCAGAUGAUGCAAUUCGACAAAUCACAGACCCAUUCAAGACAUUGGCAAUCUUGAGCAAAAGGAUCGAGGCAGUAUGUGCAAGCUAUUCAUCACAAUUGAUUCAUUUUGGGGAACUUUCUAAAUUUAGUCUAAGACGAUAUGAUACCUAUCAUCUUCGACCGAAUCAAGAAGACGCAUUAGGUACGUUGGAAUUGGUCAACUUGCAAAAUGCAUUAGCAAACGUUUUACCGGAAGCACAUGAAUUUUCAAGAGGAUCGAUAUCCAACAUCAAAAGACGACAAUCUCAACAACAGAAACCCUUACCGCCGCCACAACAGCAAUCGCUAUCGACUUCUGAUCCUAUCCCUUCCUCAUUAAAUGGAGGCGGUGCUAAAUCGAUGAUUACUGAUAACGCUUUCAAACCUCACUUAACCUUGGGUCAAGCACCCGGACCAAUAAAGGCAGACGAGAUCAACGUACUCGUUGAACCUUUACUAUUGAAUUCAUCACAAUCCGUCAAUCGUAUCGCAGGUCAAUAUACCGGACCUCUAAUUGUCAAAAUGGACAAAAUUCAACUUUUCAUAAAACCUAUCAAUCGAAGUGGUCCUUAUGAUAUUUUUCAAGAAUUCAAUUUGCGGUAG